AUGAUCGAAACUAACAGUUUUACACGCUUUUCCGUGUCAUUUGCAGACAUUGCAGCAUCGCUGAGGAUAUUGACGCUGCUGGUUACCAUAGCGAAAAAUAAAUCAGUGGCAGGAAUUUCCAGGACAACGCAGAUCUUGUACUGCAUUGUCUUCUGCACUCGGUACCUUGACUUGUUUGAUCACACGCAGUCGUUCUAUCUCGUGUUUUUCAAGCUAACGUACAUUGUCACAUCCAUCGUUGUCCUAGCUUGCUUCUACCAGUUCGAUAGUACCUAUGCACGCAGGCAUGACACCUGCAACAUGACGGUGAUUCUGGUGCCCUGCACUGUUGCGGCGCUGCUUCUCACCAACGAUUAUUCUCUCCUAGAGGUCUUGUGGACGUUUUCGGAGUUCAUUGAGGGCUUUGCCAUGGUCCCACAAUAUAUAUUCUGCUAUCGGGAACGGAUCAACAAGGAUGUGGGUACAAGCCUGUACGUUGUCAUGCUCGGGGGGUACCGCGUGUUCUACGCUCUGAACUGGAUCUACAAGAAGAUCAACAUGCCGCGCUACUCGGACAUUCAGUCUUGGAUUGGCGGGCUUGUCGAGAUCAUGUUCUUCCUCGACUUCCUGAACUAUAGGUUCACCGGAAAUAGCAUCCUCCGGUCUAUCGUUCUCAAGGUUGAUACGAAGAUCAACGAAAUUAGCGAUCAGGUGGAAUCGAAAGUGCUGGGUUCAACCUCGCGAUCAGAACGCGCCGAGACUGAGGGCGGUGAGAUGAGGAGGUCAGAAGCCGUUCAGAAGCGUCAGCCGUUUCUGCCACACUCCACGUCACAGCCCUACGGCAGCCAGAGCAAGGCAUGCCAACCUCCCACAGGUUCUUCCACUGUCCACGUCGAGUGGAGGAACGAUCAUGCGUGCGCCGCCGCUCAAGCUGUUCUGGAGGUCCUCCACCAGCUCGCGGUCAGGUGGGUUCCCCGAGCCUGGUUGCUCAGAGGCUCGGGUGGGACGGGCGCGUCCGCAGCUCUCAUUGCCGAUGUAGGCACGCAGGUCUUGGAAAGGGGAUACAAGCGCACUCUUGUGCGGAGCGGCGGAAGCAAGACGAAGAUCGUCCAAUGGAGGACCUUUGAGCCACAAAAGGAGGUCAUUCACAUGCAAACACAGUUUGACACGAGGAUGUUUGACGAGUGCCAUUGUCAAUGUGAGCUAUCAGCUGCAUCUCGGACCACCGACAUGCGACCCGGACCUCCACUCUACUCUUCCACUGUCUCCAUCAGAGAGCGACUGUGCCACCAGGCAUUUCGAAUCGAGACGAACUGUGGUCUGGAGACGGAUCCGUUUGAGCCGGCUGAGGUUGCAGUGUCUGGCGAGAAGCCUGCAGACACGUUUGUGCAGGUGGUUUCAGCCACAGGUUUGAAGCGAAGACGGGGCAACAUAAAUCAAGAUUGUGUGGCCGCGCGAUGUGAUACUCAAGGCCACUGGUCUUUGGUGCUUGCAGAUGGGCAUGGAAGAUGUGGCCACAUAGUGGCUGCACACCUUUGUGCCAUCUUGCCAGACCUCCUGGAGAAGGCUGUCCAGACCAAGCCUGUUGCCGAUUCAAUCAAGAACGCCUACGCUGCAGCCGAGGAAGAUUUGGAAGCGGCUGCAGCACAAAAAGGCUUCGAUUUGGUUACGUCAGGAGCUUCCGUUGCCACGGUAACGGUAACGGAGGAGGGUACAUUCCUCGCAUCGUGUGGCGACAGCCAAGCAUUGAUUGUCGACGCGGGGGGAGGCAUAACUGCCAGCCGCCAGCACAAGGCGCACGACACAAAAGAGCAGCAACGAAUCGUGGCGGCUGGCGGGUCAAUCAAGGUCGAGCGUCCGCGCUGCCGGAAUACUGUCAUGUCCCGCGUGUACGGCGGACGGUCAUAUGGUUUGGCCAUGAGCAGAUCAUUCGGCGACCUUUGCGUCAAGCGAGUUGGCGUCAUUGCAGAGCCCUCAGUGUCUCUUGUUCGCCACAACAAGGCUCUGAUCAUUCUGGGCAGCGACGGUUUGUUUGAGUUCUUGGCUCCCAUCGAGGCGUUAGCAAUUCUGCGGAGCACGCGCAAGGAGGCGCUGGCAUCAGCGCUUGUGCAAGAAGCACAGUCGCGCUGGGAACGAAACGAGGCUGGCUUGUAUUGUGACGACGUCAGUUGCCUCCUGGUGGGACCUGACUCUGUGUCGGACUUCUUGAACAAUCCGCGGGUUCAGCAGCCCACGCUGUUGGUGAACCCCUUCGGGGCUGAGUCUUAUGACGGUCCUGUAGGUGCUUACUAA